CUUCUCGUUACGUGGGUACCAAUUCCUACCAAGCAGGGGAUUGGAGAGGUAAUGGGAUAUACCGUCAUCUUUUUUGCUGUCAAAGACGGAAACAGAACUUCACAAAAUGUCAGCGUGGAGUCUGGAAACCUUAACGAGACGAAUCUUGACAAUCUCCAGAAGUUCACAAACUACAGCAUUCGAGUCCUGGGUUUUACAGAGAAGGACAAAUUAGGUCCACUGAGCGAUCCAAUCUACGCCAUGACAGACCAAGAUGUUCCGAGUCUUGCUCCAUCAAAUGUAACCGCGUGGGCCAUGAACUCCAGCAGCAUUUUCGUCAGUUGGGGUCCAAUCCCAAGUGAGGGCAGAAAUGGUAUCAUUAUUGGCUACGGUUUGUUCUACACAAAACACGACGCCUUAGGACCAGAUUGGAAACAAAAAUACUGUAACAACACGUACGGGUGUGCAAUAGCAAGUCUUGAUAUGUACACCCGCUAUGGCAUCAGAGUCACGGGUUUAACAGAUAAAGGAUUUGGAGUAGCUGCACUCGUGGACGCUGUUACUGAAAAGGGUGGUAAGUUUUCUUAAUUAAAUUCAAUGUGUAAUUUCUCCAUGCAGUCUUGAUACAUUGUCAGAUUAAUAAACUAAGUAGAAUAAACAAGCUUCAAAUGGCGUUCCGGUUUAAAAGGGUUCUGGACUGCCAAUCCGCCACCUUAGAAAUGAGAGGAAAUCUGGAGCAAUCUCAUUGCAGUCGCUUGUCAGACCGUUACUGAGAACAAUAUGGCGUCUUUUUUUUUACAAUAUGGCAUCUUAUCUUUUGUUACUGAUAUAACGUGCGCCAUUUU